AUGCAAGACACGGAUUCGAACACUGCCCAUGAUACGAAUCCCAUUGGUGAAGAUGAAGACGAUGAAAUAUCCGACGUCAGUCAGAGCGACUCGGGCAUGGUCCUUCUCGACGAUGAGCACAAGGAGAUUGUGGAGGAGCACUAUUGCAACGCUGAUUAUUUAAAUCCGGCCACCAAGAUAACCGUUGUCACCAUGGGCGAUCUUGUUGCGACGCUCGGGGAGAAGGGUUACUCCAAGCAAGGCGACACCAAGGGGAACGACCUGAUCGUCUACGAGUCGGAACGUGAACCCCACUGCGGCGUUCUUAUCACGUCUGUCAAGAACGCGCUCAACGCUUAUGGUGCUGGUGCGGGGGAAAACUUUUUUAUCUACACCGCGUCGCGCAAGCUGCGCACGGUAUCGAAGAAUUUCCAGGUGUUCGUUCAGGUGCCGAAAGAAGAUGCGCCAGGUGACGAAAAUCUAUACUUGGGCGAGUAUCGAGUCACAGAUCCGGGCGUCCCCACUCAUGGGUGGAAUAAACUGGCGGAGAAACACAAGGCAGAUGUGAUCGAACUCGAGGUGGCGCUAACCGAACAAACUGGUUCGGCAGAGGUGGUGGACGCCAUGUCGAUCCGAAGCAAGUAUGAUCAGGGAUUGCUCCAGCUCUCCCUUCACAUCUUUACCUGCGACGGAUGGGAUCCAGAUUCCUGGAAAUGUGUUCCGGUGCCGCCGGAGAAUUUACGCCGAGAAUCCCAAGCGGUAGAUGAGUAUGGUAUACCCGCUUGA